AUGAGUUUAUUGCCAGAGGAAGCCACUAUCAUCGAUCCAGCAACACAAAACACCAGCAACAAUACAAUGAUGAGCAAGACCACUUCCGAUGAUGAACAAAUUGAAAAAAUCAACAAAGGGAUUGCUGAAGCUAUUGAAUUGGCGGAAACAGAACCAGAGGAUGAGGAACAGCCGUACUCUAACAAGUAUAAGGCCAGAGAUGAUUUGGAAGCAAUGGCAAAAGAAUUAGUAGGAAAUGAAAAAUUAAAAUGUUUAUUUGGAAAAGUAUUGUUGAAUAUAGCAAAAAUUUGUUAUGACACAGAUGAAGUUUCUUCUGCUGAAAAUCAUUUAAUUAAGGCUAUUAAUUGUAUAGGAGAUCAUACGAAAGGAAAUGUUUGUGAAACUAAAAAGACUGGCACUACAAACGAACCAGUUUCUUCAUUGGUUUCUAUUCAUGAAUGUUUGAUUUCCGAUACCACUACUCCAACCCAACUAAAAUAUAUCCAUAAUAUGACAGAAUCAUACAACUAUUUGGGUGCAAUUUGGUCGAAAAGAAAUGAUUUUGAGAAAGCCAGAGAAUAUUUAAAAAGGGCUGAGGAUAUUUACUCAUUCUUCAAACAAAAUGAACAAGAAGUAGAUCAACAAGUUGCAAAGAAUAUGGAAGGAGCAUUCACAUUAACAGCCUACUAUCUUGCUCAAGUUUCAACUGAACCAAAAUUAGCAGCAAGAUAUUGCUAUCUCACUCUUCAAAGACAAUUGGAUAGUGGGCUUGAAUUCAACAAGAUAGACUGGGCUGAAAAUUGUUUACAAUUAUCAGCAUUCUUUUUAGAUGCCUUGGAUUAUAAGACUGCUCUUCACUUUAUAAAAGCAGCUGAGUACGUGCUCUUACAAAAUCCAUCCGGUUCAACAAUUGAACAAGAAGUUGUUGCUAAGGUAGCAAUGGCCAAAGGAAAAUUAUGUCUCGACAAGUUAAUUUAUAGCAAAUCGUGGGUUGAAUUAAAUGAAAGCAAUAGAAUUUCAGAGGGUAUCCUAGCAGUUGCUGAAGAUGGAAAGAAGGAAAUUAUUCAAAAGAGACACGAUUUUGAUACAUUCUAUUUCAAUAACAUUCCAAUUGAACACAAUGAAGCUGACUCGUAUGUUUGCAGAAACUUUAGUGAGGCUCUCGAAAUUUUCAGAGAAGGAAAGAAGUGUUUUGAAAAAUCAAUGGAAUACUAUGUAAUUGACGGAUUUGUUACCGAUCAUAUUAAGUUACAACAAGAUCUCAGCUCUCUCUACAAAUUGAUAAUAUUUUUCGAAGAAAAUCUCGAUAGAAAAAUUGGAAUGCAUGAAAGACGUCUCGAUUUGUUGGAGAAAAAUAUUGAUGAAUUGAAUGUGGCUCAUUAUAGAUCCAUCCUUAAACAAAUUGCAUUUGAAGUGGGAGAAACUUAUGUAUCCAUUUUUGAGUUAUUAUUGUUGAAGAACAAGUUGAAGGACAAAUAUAAGGAAGCAAGUAUGAAGAAAAUUAACACAAUUAUUUCCAAAACUAUAACAAUAUUUGGAAAGUUUUCUGAAUUAUUUGUAGAGUCUUCCAAAGUUAAUAUUGAAGAUGAAAACAAACCAGCAUACUUUAGAUCCCGUUUAAUUGUUGCAAGAAUGUACUAUAAUUAUAUUUCAUCCGAUCCAACUAAGACAAUUGAACGAUUCGAAAACAGAGUACGAGUUGGCACAACAAAUGGUCUCGCUUCUCCCAGUGAAAAUUAA